GGGAAGGAGAGAGAGGAGAGCGAGAGGAAGCGGGAUGCAACUCAACCUGACGCUGAUCUGCUUCGUCUUCGGGGGGUUCCUGCCCGACGCCGCGGCCCGGCGGGAGCAGAUGGACACGGGGCAGUGCGACCUGCCCCGCUCGCAAGGAGAGCUGAACUCCUUCCUCUGGACCAUCCGCCGUGACCCCCCCGCCUAUCUCUUCGGCACCAUCCACGUGCCCUACACGCGGGUGUGGGACUUCAUCCCCGACAACUCCAAGGCCGCUUUCCACGCCAGCUCCAGCGUCUACUUUGAGCUGGAUCUCACCGACCCCUACACCAUCUCGGGGCUGGCCAGCUGCCAGAUGCUGCCCCACGGGGAGAACCUGCAGGACGUGCUGCCCCGCGAGCUCUACCGCCGCCUCAAACGCCACCUGGACUACAUCAAGCUGAUGCUGCCCCACUGGAUGACCCCGGACCAGCGGGGCAAAGGGCUCUACGCUGACUACCUCUUCAACGCCAUCGCCGGCAACUGGGAGCGCAAGAGGCCCGUCUGGGUGAUGCUCAUGGUGAACUCCUUGACAGAGACCGACAUCCGCUCCCGAGGAGUGCCGGUGCUCGAUCUCUACCUCGCCCAGGAGGCUGAGAGGAUGAAGAAGACGACGGGCGCGGUGGAGAGGGUGGAGGAGCAGUGUCACCCGCUGAACGGGCUCAACUUCUCCCAGGUGCUGUUUGCGCUAAACCAAACUCUGCUCCAGCAUGAAAGUCUCCGAGCAGGCAGUUUGCAGGCCCCGUACACCACUGAAGAUCUCAUCAAACAUUAUAAUUGUGGAGACCUGAAUGCUGUUAUAUUCAAUCAUGACACUUCCCAGGUCCCAAACUUCAUCAACACUACGCUCCCACCCCACGAGCAAGUAACAGCCCAGGAGAUAGACAGCUACUUCAGGCAGGAGCUUAUCUACAAGAGGAACGAGAGAAUGGGCAAGAGAGUGAUGGCGCUGCUAAGGGAGAACACAGAUAAGAGCUUCUUCUUUGCCUUCGGAGCAGGUCACUUCCUGGGUAACAACACUGUGAUUGAUGUACUGAGACAAGCAGGAUUUGAAGUGGAGCACACCCCUCCUGGACAACCGAUUGGAAAUUCAAGAAUGACCAAGACGAGUCCCGCCUUACAAGGGUCCUCAGCAACAGCCCUGCCUGCUCUGCAGCUUUCUGAACAGGUCCCGCUGACAUCUCCUUCCCUGAAGCCCCUACAAAUGGAUGAAGAAGACAGCCUGUCUCCUCAUCUCUUGUUACCGGACAGCAUCAGCCAGCUGGAAGAGUUUGGCAGACAGAAGAAAUGGCACAAGAAACAGCACAAACACCAUCGCCAGAGGCAGUUCAAUGACCUCUGGGUUCGGAUAGAAGACAGCACCACCACGUUGCCUUCCUAUAUCAGGAUAACCAAUGGCUACAUCACAGUCAAACCUCCCAUUUGGAUUUCCAACCGGCUGGAUCAGAGGCCACGCUCAGAUCGCCCAUCCCAGCCUCAGCCUACAAGCUCAGCUUCAGCCACCAUUUUAUGGCCAUCAGUGACUGCUCCUCUCUACGUGGCCAUAGCUUCAUUUCUCCUGAAUCUACUGCAGCCUUCCUGACCACAUUAGUAUUAUGUGCAAUCCCUUGGAAUAGAGAAGAGAGAUAAUUUAUGAACAAAUUGGAUGUUUUGACAACAUUUACAGACUGGACCUUCUCAGUGAAUCAAGAGUGCCUUCUAGCUGAUUUUGUCUCUUUGCCCAGAUACAUUUUGAAACUCUAAAGCUUUAUUGUAACACUGACUUACAUCUUCUUUUUGUAGAAGGAUCUUUAUUUCCCAUAGUGCUAUGGGGUUUUGUAAAAUAUUCAUGUUCAUAUAAAGAAAAAAAGAAAAAAUGUAUUUAUUCGACUGGUAAACUUAUUUUUUUUCUUGUUGUAUAUGUUAAUAACAUCCCUAGUAAUCAGUAGCGAUGGUGAAACAGAUAAAUUAAUAUUUUCUAUAUUUGUUUUCUAACUGACAACUCUGCAAAUGCCUGAAGUGGCACCAAAAUGAAUGGCUUGUUUCUCUAACCGUAACUUCUUACAGCAACUAUCCAAUAAGUACAUUUGUACUCAACUUUAUUUUGAUUUUUCUGAAAUUCUCAUUAGAAUAACUUAGACUAAAUAAAGCAGAUCCCCUUCUCUGUGGCCUAUGCCCAAUAGAGGAAUAGGUGCAUUCUCAAGUCAGCUGCUACAACCUAAAAUCUCAGUUAUUUUUAUAUGACUUAGUAAGUCGUUAGUCAGGAUAGCCCUCUGAGUUCCCCAGUUGUCUUUAACUCAAUCAUUUAACUUCUCUAGAAUUACCAAUCUCCCUCUUUACCUUGAGAUUAAUAAUUAGCUAACUCAAACUAAGGCAUCUGUUUCCUAAUAAAAGAUUUCAUUUCAAGUCCGCAAUAAUCCCACUGGAAUUAUUCUCUCCCUCUUUUUAUAUAAACACAAGCCUACAACCUUUCCCAGCAUAAAUGAGAGCAGGUCUGUCUAUAGAGUAUGAAGAUGCAGUAUCUUGCUAAUCUGUAGAACUGCUUUAUUAAUUUAAUUGAUAAAAGGAUAGUCAACCUGCAGGGAGCAGAGAUGACUCGAAAUUCAUCAGCAUCUUGCUAUUAUGCUUAGAGUUGGAAUCCUCGUGCUGAAUUAUGAUCAGUCCAAAAACCUAUUCUAGGCUACAGGAACCAAAGUAAUUCCUCUGUCAUACAACAACUUCCCUCUGUUUGUAGACUAUGGUCCCUCUAUUGACUUAGACGGACAAGUUCUGACAACUUGCACACAAUGAAAAAUUCACCCAGUCUCCAAAGAGCUACUUGUCAUUAAUCAGAUGAAUAACAUCUAUGGGAAAAAAAUACAUCCAUCUUAAUAACAGCCAUGCUUAGUAAGGCGUGUUGAUUUUUUCCCCCAAAAAGCAGGAUGAAAAAAAUCACUUUCAAUGCAAAAAUUCUAAACAUUUUUUUUUUUAAGUCUUUUUUCCCCUGCAGCCAUCUGCAAAAACAAAGAUCUGAAAUACCAUGAAAACAUCUUAAAGAAAUACUGAAAACAAAAAAAAAAAAAAAAAAAGGAAAACACAAUGCAUCUAUGAAAAAGCAGUGCUUUUUUCACCUUAAAAAACCAUACCAGAUAAUGAGAGCAAUAACAAUAACACUGACAAAAAUCUGACUGUUAUUGUGCCACCAGCAGCACCACCUUCAGAACUGGAGACAACUCCAUGUCAUCCUUAGGUCUCCUCAGUGGAAGGUGGUUUAGAAUUCACAGUUCAUUUGUCAUCAGACUAAUAAUUCAGAGAAGCAGCUUAGGAAAUAAUCAGCCUGAAAUAAGUACGUGGUUUUAUUUGGAACCAUGAUAAACACUGAGCUUUUCCACCUUGCAUCCCAACCCAUUGCUUUGCCAAGGCAAGGGAGAACACGUUACUUCCAUUUGACUUACUGCACACCAUGACUUCCUGCUCUUGCUCUAUUUGGAGAAAAGGACAUGUAGAUUUGUGGUUGACUUAAGUGGGUACAGCAGACAGUCGUGUAAGCUGCCUCUGUUUUAUAAAGCACAACAGUUGAUAAGGCUGAAUGGAAAACUUCAAGCUUUGCCCAAAAUGUGAGAUUCAAGCACACCCUGUGAAUACUUCUGUGUUGUGUAUUUUGGCUAGCAAAAGAUUAGAGAUGUUAGCUUUGGACAGAAGCCAUUCACCUUGCAUAAUAUUUAUUGCACUGGGCUGGAUAUUGGAAACAUAUUUUGAGAACUUUCAUUCAGUUUUAUUUGUCUAUUUCCCCCAGAAUAGCUUCAUUUGAAUAUAACAGCUUAACAGACCUUCAAAUUCAACCUCAAAGCAUUUUAAAAGAUUGGUUCUCCUGCACUAUUCAAAACAGAGUUCAGAACUGAAUGACAGUACGUUAGUCACAAAAGUUGAGCUGGAAAUAAGGUAGGCAAAUCUCAAGAGCGAUGAUAAGUUACACAGUAAAAAGUCAACAGCCAAUGAACCAAAACCCAUUGAAUUUUAUUUGCUGUAAUCUGAUCAAAUCCAGAAAUGAUUCUGUGGUACCAUCCCAGAAAUAAUUCCUGGUGUCAGAAAGCUUACAGAAUUAAUAGAUAAGACCAUGUGAGGAUCAGAGAGAGAGAGAAAGAGCAGAAAACAGAAACAGCAUGGCCCGACCAUAAGGAAAACCACCAAGAGGAUCAAGACUGGAACUUACAGUUCCACUGUGCCCAACCUGUGGUUUUCUCUGUAGGAUUCUGGGGUCUUUUUUUUUUUUUUUUUUAAUAUAAUGAGCACACAGACACAGCCACACUCACAGCUGUCACUGUUCCACACAGAAUAAUCACUCCGUUUGUCACUAGUGAGUAUUUCCUGAGUCACUCCUCCAUUGGACAGUAAUACUAGAUACUAGCUCAUGUAUCACAGCAUGUUUGGAUAUCACAGUAUGUAAAUAGCUUGGACAUCAAAGUAUGUUGUGGCAUAUUUACAUGUCCUGACAUUUUGCCUGUAAUCCCUGUGAAAUGAAUGAAUGUUGCUGGAGGUCACCGCAUUUCACUUGUCCUUCUGCCUAAUCAUCCUACAGUGCAGUUGUCUGAGCAAGGUGUGUGCAGGGCUCGGAGCCAGCACCCUCCUACCAGCUCACAGCAUCACCCCUGGUUAGGGGAGAAGAAACCACUUGCAAUAAGUUUAAGAGAAGGUGCUUCCCACAGAUGCUAGCUCAGGAACCACAGGUGAAUGGCCUCAGUGUAGUUUGCUGACCAAGUAUUACUCUUAUUCUCCUGUCUUCCCUAAGCUACGAGUUAGGGUAACUUGUUUUUUUAAUCCUUGGCAUGUAGGGAUUGCAAUAGUAGAAAAUGAGACCCUCACUGUGAUUGAUAGAACAGGUUAUUUAUUAAUCAGCUACAGCAGCUCAGUAUUAAUUAAAAUACAUCGGUGCUGGUGUAUUAACACAGAUCUAUGCACAUCCAUUGCAAUGGAUUGUGAUUGUAUUCCACAUAAGUUUAUAGAGUUUCAGAUUUGAUGUAUGUUCUGGAGGUAACACUGACUACCAGCUCCAUGGGGCUUCACUUUUAUUCAGUGGAUUUCUCAGAGAGUGAGGAACCAACUGCUUUGUUUCUUCCUAAUGAAAGCUCAGGUUUCCAGUGACAAAUUCCAGGAUAGAGGGAUUUAAAAACAAAUACACUCACACUAUAUAAGACAGCAAACAGCAAUGAUAGUAUUUACUUGGGAGAAACACAAUCAAGAGAGUCAUGCAAUAUCUAACAAACAGGUACACAAUUUUUCACACUGUUGGGUCCAAUGUUGAGUGUUUCCAAGAUUCACCCUUUCAACUCUGCUACAACUGACACUACUACAAUUCACAGUACAUGUAACAUUAUAAAGGAAUGUGAUUUUCCACCAAGCUAUUGCCUCAGUAGAGUAAAUAUACCAUACCACCAGCAACAGAACUAACUUCAACUCUGUAAUUGUUUUAAUGCUUCUCUUGCCAAUGUUUAACUAUAGAUGCUGCAUUAAUGUGCAUUGCCACUUGAAGAACCAGUCAGUAAGCUGGGACAGAAGGUAUAUUGUAUUUUAUGACUGAUGUAAUUUCUCUGCAACCCCUUGGGCUGUUGAAUAAUGCAAUACAUCUUCCGGCAGUAAAUGAUGAAAUGAUCUAUGGUAACUGUGCUUUAUACAGAUGUCAAAAAUCUACUCUGGAACUUCAUUCCUCCAAGCUCCAGCAUGAUUUAGGAACACCUAAGGUACAGAGCUGUAUGUUUGUCUAACUUCUUCCAUGUACAAUUGAGGAGAGAGAGAGAGAGAAAGAGCACUUUGCUCAGUGCAUUGAUUAGUCAAAGGAUACAUCCCAAUCAGUCCUUACAUACACCACUGUUAGAGAGGAGUUCCCCAUCCUAUCUUUAAGUCAGAGAAACCAAAGUGCCAUAGUGGUUAUUUACAGCGUAAAUGCUAUCAUUCCUAGCUUUGCUUAGUACCAUAAGAUACUUCUGUCUUAUAUCCAAAAACCAUAGGGGCUUGUUUUAUCUCCAAAGUGAUCAACGUACCACAGAGCACGGAAGAUUUCAGCUUCAGCCUGUUUUGGCUUAAUUGGAGUAGAAAGCCAGUUUCCUAAUUUUGAGCUCCUGGGUUUGAGUGCCUGUAUGUGUGUUUGUGGGUGCAUGCGUGCACUACGUCCCAACCUAAAUGCAGACUUUCCUGCAACCAGCUCUUCAGGAGGCACCUUAAUCUAGCUUCAGCCAGUAAGAUCUUGCCAAGAAGUAACCCACACUUCUCAUUUACAGGAAUGACUAACUGCCCCGCAGAUUCACGCUCACACUGAACUUUGAAUUGCAUGUUUGUCAGUUUUUGAUUCAAAUGUACUUCAAAUAUUUUUUCCUGUUCCGCCUCCUGCUUUUGUGAACUGUUUUGAAGAGUGUAAUAAAAAGAUGCUUUCUAAUAUUAUUUUGUCAAAAUAUUUUUGUAGCAUAAUAUAUUAAUAAAAUGUUAUUAUAAAUCCGUAGCACAA